GGGAUGGUUGAGGUUGAUGGGCAGUUGAGGGUUGAACUAGCAAACAUCACCGACGAAGCAGUCUACGCCGAGCUCCAAGCGAACGACAUCAACAUGGGCCGCUGGAUAGACGAGGACCCGAGCCUCAGGGAGGUCCAGAGGUGGAUUCGUUCGAGGAGGCAGUGCUAAAUCGGCACUCGUCCUUCCUGUUGAUGAACUCGCUCGACACGAACGACGACAAGACGAGGACACAAUAUCGCCGAUAUGUCCUCUCUUCGAUCCUACAAUCUUUCAAAGACACUCGACAUGGACGGCGACAUACCGCAGCAGUGACAGUCCUGAAAAGGGGUCAUCUGUCUGAGGUAGUGGCAACACCACCAACGUCAACAACACCACCAACACUUCGCUUCUCUGCUGGUCAAACAGUUUUUCUCGCUUCUGUUCUUUUGCAUCUUUUGCAUCAUCGUUACACAAAAAGGGGGUUAGAGGGGGUUCUUGUUUUGUUUUUUUCUUUCUUUCUGGUCUUUCUUGGUUUCUGCUCUAUCCUCUCUAUUCUGUUCUUUUCUGCUGUUCUGUUGUUUGGAUCUGGCUUUUCUGCAUGGGCAGCAUAUGAAGGGCAUAAAAGUCGGGUUUUGUUUUCUUCUUGUUCUUUUCAGCAUUUUGGCUGUUGGUUCUUCUUUCCUCUUUUUCCUUUUCUUCAAAACUUGCACGUACAUACUUGCUUCUCCUUUUUUUGUCGUCGGUGCAGGGCGUCCGGUACGCGCUUUGGAAGUCUUUUGGAUGCCUGUCAGGGCUUGUGGUGGGGGAUACCUAGGAGUGGAUAGGGAAGAUAAGAGAUCUAGGGUUACUGCCUGGCGCAGGGGACUUAUUGGGAUUACCUACCUAGGAGAAAGGGGGAAGUAGUAGUGACAAUGGGAC